GUUGACAUAGAAUUUACAAUUUAAAUUACAUUUAGCAGACGCAUUUAUCCAAAGCGACUUACAUCGUUUAAUGCACACAUUGACACACCGACGGCAGAGUCAACCAUGCAAGGCGACAGCCAGCUCGUCAGGAGCAGUUAGGGUUAAGUGUGUUGCUCAGGGACACAUCAGCACUCAGAUAGGAGGAGCUGGGGAUCAAACUAGCAGCCUUUCGGUUACAAGACAACUGCUCUACCUCCUGAGCUAAGCCGAGUUUAUUGUGUGUACUGCUAACCCUAUUAAUUAUGAGCAACGAAACAACAAGGAUAGCAAGAGACAUGUUGUUUGCUCAAGAGUACAAAUAUAUCUCAUAAUUAAGCAGUGAUUUGGUUUGUUGGAACAAAAGAUUGACAAGAAUCGACUAGGGGGAUUUGAGGUAAUUGUGCCACCAUCUGAAGUAGCAGAAGGAGAGAUAUUGAAUAAUGUUUAGUAUCAAAGCCCUCAGACCCUAUUAAGGUCAACUUGGCAAAGUAAACCUUUAUUAACACAAAAUAAUCAUCGUCAAAGGCGCGACAUUGCAUCCUUCUAAGUUCUCACAAAUGCCUUGACACCGUCGCACUUUCUGAAAAUGAUACACUCUGUCCUAGUUUUACCUGUGUUGGAAUAGAGGAUGUUUGUUUACAUGUUUACGUGUUGACACUCAAACCCUGUCUCUAACUCUAUUGAAGCCGAUGGAGCGAUAAGAAUAGACUCCUCUCUGGUCCUGUGGCUGAGUACAGCUGACAGGCACUCCUUCUCGGAGAAGAUCAUCAGAAUGUGGCAUCCGUUUUAUCCACCUAAAAACCCUGGCUGCGCUUUUCUCCGUGUCAAAAUUAAAUUUUGAUGCCCAAAUCCUGAAAGAGCUUUUUCUUCUGGCAUAAAGGGUGAACGAUGCGCAGCUCCAGGGCCGCAGCUGCGAGCGCAUGAAGUCAUCCUUAAUGCAUCCUGCGAUCGGUGCUCUGUGUGAAACUCUCGAGCACUCCCUCGCUCUUCAUCCUGCAGCGUGGGAGCUCGUAGUUAACACAAAAUGCUUGGCAAAAGGUAUACGCUCUGUAAGAUCUGCCUUCCGUCGUUCAUUUCCCAUACAAUUCCACCUCAGGUAACCGGCUACCCCGCCCCCCUGUCUUUUGUCUGCUAUGAGGGAGACCCCCAUCUGAGGCUGUUACUGGAGGGAGUCCCCCCGGUGUGAAUGUAGGGGUGGGGGUAGGGGUAGUGGUUAGAGCCAUGUGGAGGGAAAUCUGUGCACUGACCUACAUGUCUGGGGAAAGAGGCCGAUGUCCCCUGAACUGAACAUCCAGGUUGCAUUAAACACAGUUCAAUUGUUAUUGCUGUGGAAAAAUGACUUCAAAAUAUGUUCCCCAAUCUGGGUGGGAUUAAUAAAAGGGCACAUAUCUAGCGCAUAUAUUUAUAACAAUGAACAUUGAAUAUUGAAGCACAUCAAUACAUUGACAUAUCCCAUAAGUAUAAUUUUAAUAUAUAAUUAAUAAAUAAUGCCACUACUACACUGUUAUGUAGUCUGCAUCUUUUAUUUAGACACAUCCAGGCAUGUCGUCUUUUUUCUUCUCCAGGCAAAAUGGGAACCAACCAUUCACACCGCAAGUAUUCAAGUCUGCAUUAGGACGGCAAACCCUGCUGCAGCUGAUCACUGGGGGGCAGCAAUGAAUCAUAGACAUUGUCCAGAAGGCGUCUGUAAUGCAGCCAGGGCCUGGGUGCAAAUAGACAGGCAGGGUCUGUUGGUUAGUCGUCUUGGUGCUCUGGGACGGGAUCAACCCUGAGGUAGAGGGAGGUGAGGUCUCCUAUGUAGUUGUUGUUUAGUGCAUAAGUUGUCAUGUUAAGUGUCUAUGUUUUCUGGUGUCAAAUUGUUAAUUUGUGCGCACAAGUUGUUGCUCAGGGACAAAUUGCGGUUUUGUGCACAGGGUUUUUUAACUUAUUGCUUACUGACUAAUUGCUGUUUAGUGUGCACAAGUUGUUGCUUAGUGACAAAUUGGUAAAUAGUGUGCACGAGUUGUUAUUAAAUAUGCACAAGUUGUUGCACCAAGUGAGGCCUGGAUGCAUUCCCAAAUGCCUUCAAUAACACACACAGCCCCACACACUCCGUCCCUCCCUCCCUCUCUCAAUGGGUCUGACCAGGCACCACCGGCUGUUGCACUAUCGUGGAGUUGCAUUGCAUGAGGAUUAUUAUUUCGGUACAUAUCCUUCCCCGGUCACCAUGGCAAUAACCAGAAUCAACCUCUGAUUGUCGGUCAAAUGGCAGGUGCCAUGGAUCAGUGUGGAACAUCUUUACACUGAAUGAUCAGUCUGGAUCGGAGGACAUUAGAGAGUAAAUAUAGAAGAUGAACAAAGUGCCACAGAUGCCUGCGAUCAUCACAGAGGACACAAAUAAUUGACCGGCAACUGUCACUCUGCGUCUGACCUGAAGGGCUCCAUUACCUCUACAUUUCAAAAGAAGAGGGGCUCCUUACCCAGGAGCAAGAGUGUGGAGCUGGUGAUGGAGCAGGUGAUGGAGCGCCACUAUGACUUCGACCUCACCUACAUCACCGAGAGGAUCAUAUCCGUCUUCUUCCUGCCCGACCUGGAGGAGCAGCGUUACCGUGGAAACCUGCAGGAAGUGGCGGCCAUGCUGAAAUCCAAACACCAGGACAAGUUUCUGCUCCUGAAUUUGUCAGAGAAGAGACACGACAUCGCCAGCCUUAACCCAAAGGUACAGGACUACGGCUGGCCCGACCACCACGCCCCGCCACUGGACAGGAUCUGCGCUGUGUGCAAGGCCAUGGACACCUGGUUGAUCUCUGACCCCCAGAACGUGGUGGUCCUGCACUGCAAGGGUAACAAAGGAAAGACUGGCGUCAUUGUGGCCGCCUACAUGCACUAUAGCAAGAUAACUGCAGGGGCUGACCAGGCACUCACAACCCUGGCCAUGAGGAAGUUCUGUGAAGAUAAAGUUUCCUCCUCUCUACAGCCCUCUCAGAACAGGUACAUCUUCUACUUUGGGGGUCUGUUGUCCGGCUCCAUCAAGAUGAACAGCAGUCCUCUGUUCCUACAGCAGAUCCUCAUUCCAUCGCUGCCAAACUUCCAGGCAGAGGGAGGUUACUAUCCCUUCCUGAAGAUAUAUCAGUCUCUCCAGCUGGUUUACACCUCCGGCGUCUAUGACCCCCACAACUCCAGAGCCAGGAAGCUGUGUGUGACCAUGGAACCCGCUUUGUUGUUGAAAGGGGACAUCAUGGUCAAGUGUUACCACCGAUGGCCUCGCGGCGCCCAGAGAGAGGUCGUCUUCAGGGUUCAGUUCCACACCUGCACGGUCCACGGAGCCCAGCUGUGGUUCGGCAAGACUGAGCUGGACUCCGCCUGCUCAGAUGACAGAUUCCCUCCCGAUAACUCGGUGGAGUUCAUCUUCUCCAGCAGUCCAGAUAAAAUAAAAGGGCGCGAAUAUCAGAAGAAUGAGCCCUCCAUCACAGUAGACUACAACACGUCUGACCCGGUGGUGAGAUGGGACUCCUAUGAGAACUUCAACCUACACCACCAAGACAGCCUGGAGAAGAUCCCUCACACACGGGGCCCUUUGGACGGCAGUCUGUACGCCCAGGUGAGGAAGCGGCGGGGCCCGGGGUCGACCGGGGCCGUACGCCUGUCUCUGAGCCCCACGGUGGGGCCCCCGACGCAGGCCGCCGCUCCGCAGCCUCCCGCCUCCUUCAGCUCCGACCCGGGCCGCCACUCGGCCUCGCCCUCCGCUGACCGGCCGGAGGAGCCGUCCCCCAGCCCCCCGACGGGCCCGCACGGGGACGGGGGGGAGAGGAGGGCCGCGGAGGGGGAGGACAGAGCCGGGAGGGGCAAAGAGCGGGACAGGGAGACGGCCAUCCUGGACGACGCCGAGCCCUCGGGGGGGCUGGAGGGCUUCAGGCGGGGGGGGCGUCCGUGCUGCAGUCCCGGGGCGGGGAGGCCGGGGGAGGGGGGCUGGGAGAGGGCAAGAGAGCCGUGCCUCGCCAGCAACGAGCAACACCGCGCUGCCGCCGCCGCCCCCAAGAACAACCCCAAGAGCCGCACGCUGCCCGCCCUCCCGUCCAAACCCCUCUCCCCCAACCCGCGCCACGCCCCGCACCUGGAGCUGUACCACCGCCACAGCGGGCACCCGCUGCCGGAGCUGCCCUGGGAGUGUCCGCCCGCCCCCAUGCUCUGCGUCCACCGGGCGUGCUUCCCCCACUCCACCCCGGAGCUGGCCCACCCCCACCCCCACAGCUACAGCCUGCCCGCCUCCAGCCGGGAGUGCUCCCCGGAGGGGUGUCACCUGGUCCACUGCCCCGGCCACGGGCCACCCUCCCUGCCCACUAGCCCCUACAGAGAGCUGUUCUUCCAACCGCCGGCGGCGCCCUCUGGCUGCGGCUGCAGGGACUGCGCCGGACGGAGGGAGCACCAGUCGGCGUCGGUCCGGCUGUUCCAUCCGCUGCACUCGGACAAAUCGGGGGGCCUGCACUGGGGCCGGGAGGUGGAGAUGCAGCAGGCGAGGGAGGGACCCCCGGUGUGGGCCGACCGCCACUGGGAGGCCAAGAGAGAGGCUGCAGAGUUCUGGCAGCACAAGACAGCCGUGCAGCCGUAUCGCGUGUGCCAUUCUUCACUAGAGCAGCCUCAGAGCCCGGACCAAGCAGGGUCUGUCCUGGUGCUCCACCAGGGGUACCGUACCCCGCCGCCAGCCCAUCUCGCCUGUGCCUGCAUCCCUUAUCAGUCCUCCCCAGCAGAGAGCCAUGAGAGCAGGGGCUAUGCUUCGGGGUACCAGUCUGGAUCCUCCUCACCGCUGGCUCCCACCAGCCCGAUGCCGGGAGCCUCUCCUGGGAGGAGUCAGGCAGCGGAGAGCCCUUCCAGAGCCAGGGGCCCGUCAGAGAAUACCCACCACACAGAUCAAACGGCCCAGGCUGACGCGAAGGACAACAAGUCUGUGAGUCCUUCAAGUGACCCAGACAGUGCUGCUGGAAUGGAUGUGGACCAGGACUAUACGCUCAUAUGCAGCCCCCCGACACAAGCUGAAGUCAGGAUCACAGAGGAAUGUGUUGACAGCGGGACCCCCCAGAACACUCCCCAGGGGGUCCAGAAGCCGAGCCACGGAGCUACGUCCUCGCCCUCUCUGGAGUCCAACGCAAACACCGACAACACUGUGUUCCAACCACCACAAGCAGCCCCAAAGCAACCCCCCUGCUCAUCCACUGACCUGUCAGAAAACGUGAGCAAGCAUUCACAGAGUCUGGGGUUAACGGCCAAGAUCGGGAAAGAAACAGGAAGUGCAAAGGAAUCCGGCCAAUCAGACACGUCCUCUCAAACCACUGUAACCAUUCAGUCGGUGACCAAGGUCCAAGUGCAGCUCAAUGGCUCCGCCCUCCCUGGCGACGCCCAGGGGUCCGACACGGCCAGCAGAGACGCGUCCAGCGGAAGCUCCACGCCGGCGUCUGCACAGUCUCCCCAAGGCUCCCCGGCCAGGGGGUCCUCCCCCCAGGCCGGCCCCCCGAGACCGUCCCCCGGCCGGGACAGCCCGUCCGAGCCGUCCAAACCCCCGUCGCCGGUGCCCGAGGGCUACAGCACCCCCACCUUCCCCCUGGCGUCGUACUACUACCCGCUGCUCAACGUGCCCCACGUGCCCUACACGGGGUACACCGCCGUCACCAUCCCCGCCCCCCAGCCCCCGCUGCCCGAGAAGAAGCGCUUCUCCUCCUCCCCGCUGGCGCUCAACGGCCACAGCUCGCUGCUCAGGGCGGAGUCGGCACCUUCCUCCGCCUCCCUCGCCUCCUCCUCCACCUCCUGCUCCAACACCUCGUCGUCGUCGUCGUCGUCGUCCGGCGGCCAGCAUCACGUCACCUUCUCCCCCUCCGUGGCCGAGCCCCCCGCCCUGGGACGACGAGGGUCCGCUCAGUCCGGCGGUAGAGAGGAAGCAGACACAAAGGUCAACGCAAAGUUUGUCCAAGACAGCUCCAAGUACUGGUACAAACCGGGCAUCUCCAGGGAUCAAGCAAUAGCAGUGCUGAAGGACAAGGAGCCCGGGUCCUUCCUCAUCAGAGACAGUAACUCCUUCCAGGGGGCGUACGGUCUGGCCCUCAAGGUCACCACUCCUCCCCUGAACGCCAACCUCAACACCAGCAAAGGAGAUCCGCUGGAGCAGCUGGUGAGACACUUCCUGAUCGAGACGGGCCCGCGGGGCGUGAAGAUCAAGGGCUGUCAGAACGAGUCGUACUUUGGAAGUUUGUCUGCGCUGGUAUACCAGCAUUCAAUCACUCCCAUCUCCCUGCCCUGUGCGCUGCUCGUCCCAGACAAGGAUCUGGUGGGAGAGCUCCAGGAGAUACAGAGUGUCACCAACACGAGCACGGCGGCAAAUCUCCUCAAGCAAGGAGCAGCAUGCAAUGUGUUGUAUCUGAACUCUGUGGAAACCGAAUCGCUGACAGGGCCCCAGGCCAUCUCCAAGGCAACCAAAUGCACCCUGGCCCUGAGUCCACGUCCCACGGCCACUGUGGUCCACUUCAAAGUGUCCAUUCAGGGCAUCACUCUGACGGACGGAAAGCGAAGGCUAUUUUUCAGAAGACACUACCCAAUCAACAGUGUGACGUUCAGCAGCUUAGACCCAAAGGACCAGAGGUGGACUAACUCUAAUAGCACAUCAAGCAAGAUAUUUGGCUUUGUGGCGCGGCGGACAGGAAGUACAACCGAGAACGUGUGUCACCUGUUUGCAGAGAUCGACCCAGAGCAGCCUGCAGUCGCCAUCGUCAACUUUAUUAACAAAGUCAUGCUGGGCCCACAGCUUCGCAGAUGAGAUGAGCUUAGACACAAGAAACUCAUAAGAACAUCCAAGGAUUUCUAUAUAUAAACAAGAUUACUUCUGAAUGAGGUGUUUGUGAGUGUAUAUAUAUGUAUGUAUAUAUAUAUAUAUAUAUAUAUAUAUAUAUAUAGACAUAUAUAUUUGUGUGUGUGUGUGUAUGUCUGUGUAUUUGUGUGUUAGCGUGUGUGUGUUUUCGCAUGUGUGUUUAUGUUUUGGAAAUUUAUACCAGCAGCUCACUUGAGCUUGAGUGAGUCAUUUGGGGUUUUAUCAUGAAUCAAAUAGAAGCAGCGACAAAACUUUUCAAGCAUUCAUGUAUUAUUUUUUUUAUUCUGGAAUGCUAUUUUCUUUUUUAUUCAAAAUUAUUUGUUUUGUUCAUGUACUAAAGGAUGAAUGUAAUCUCACAUUGUGGACCUUACAUACAUUGCUCAGAACCAUUUUUUAAUGCUAAAUACCUUUGGAAGGUUUGUUUCUACGGUAAUAGUACAUAAUUACUUUUUACAGAAUUAAAACCCAGUUACUCCGCAGGCUCAAUGGGGUUGUCUGCACAACAAUCCAAUAUCACAUAGAUACACAUUUUCAAAAAAAGGUUGUUUGAGUCCAUCAAUAUUUCCAAGUUAUCCUUUUGCGCUUCUAGAAUAUUCUGAUUUGUAGAUUAAGAAGUGGUCUGAGGGUCACUGUUUAAUCCCAAAAACUGGGUGACACGACAUGUUGGUACCUUAACAUUGUUGAACAGGUCCUGCUGAUAUAACAUCGAUCAUAUAUUGCAUAUGUACAGUUUGGUCUUUUUAAGAAGAAAGGACCAAGAACCUAAAGCCAAAGACUUUUUUUGCUGGUCCUGGCAUGUUUAUUAUCUGUGUGCAUUUUUGUGUGUUUUAUAUACGAAGGCAGCACAUUGUGUGGCUUUAGUUCACAUAAUUUUCAUAACAUGUUAUAAUAAAAGUUUAAUAACAGAACUAAUAUAUUUUAAAGCCCUCUAUACAAUGUGGAGAAUAAAACAAUGUUUCCAACGAUUUGCUCAUACUAAUAAAACAAACUUGUGUGUUUCUAUAUCUGGUUUCUGCAAGUUUUCAGGUGGUUCCCAACUGGAAAGUGGAUUCACUGAAUGCAAAGUCGCAAAACGCCAAAGCAUAUUCCAAGUCUGUUGACUUGCAUCUCUGUAUAGGCGACGCCCCUAAUUAGGCACAGAAAAGACUGAAACCUGUUUACAGUUUUUCUCAGUCGCUUUGGUUCAUUUCUCAGAUCAGAACUGAAAUUCUCAAAACUACCUGUUCAAUCUUCACAUCAGUGUGUCACUUGUGCACAUGAAAAAACCUGUUUCUCAUUUAUUUGAACACGUUGCAAAUGCUUUGGUACAUCCAUGCACAUGAUUAUGUACAAUUCUCUGCUCUUUCCUACAUUAUCAAUUGCUUAUGUCAUGUUGAUCAAAAUGUAUUGUAAUGGUCUCUAUGGAAUAGUCUCACCCCCACAACAUUUAGGUAUCAGUUCAAGUCUUUACAUGCAAAAUGGUUGAACAAGUUGUCAUAAUAUGUCAAGCAUAUUUCUAUACAUUUCUAAACACUGGCAUUAGACUUUUUUUUGUUCAUUUUUCUAAAUCUGUCCUGAAUUGGUCAAUUGCCCCCAGGUGAAUCUUGACUUUCUCUAAUGAAGGGAAUUGUUUGAAGUGUUGGAUCAACCAAUGAUCAACCAGUUUUCCUGAAGUAGCUCAAAGGUGCAUCUCAUGAACCAUUAAGCAUAUAUAUAGCUGGAGCACAACACAAUGUUACAAUGUUUGACAAUGGAAGGACAAGAAAUUGGACGGGGUCAACAGAGAAGAGGAAGAAGAGUGAGGCUGCGUGGCAGAGGAGUUGGGAGGCACAACAGAGGAAGAUGCAGAAUGAACA